CGAGCCCGGAAUAGUCUGUGCUCUGGCCUGGAAGCGCUAGAGCCACCGGUGAGGUGUGCUGGCGGCUGGCGGAGUGAGACUUUGGCAGACAUGGCUCCCAACGCGCUGGCUCCCGAACCCGAGAGUCGGAAGGGUAUCCGGGCGGUGUUGCUGGGGCCGCCCGGGGCUGGCAAGGGGACCCAGGCACCCAGAUUGGCUGAAAACUUCUGUGUCUGCCAUUUGGCCACUGGGGACAUGCUGAGAGCCAUGGUAGCUUCAGGUUCUGAGCUGGGAAAAAAGCUGAAGGCGACGAUGGAUGCUGGAAAACUGGUGAGUGAUGAAAUGGUUGUGGAGCUCAUUGAGAAGAAUUUGGAGAGUCCUUCAUGCAAAAAUGGCUUUCUUCUAGAUGGCUUCCCACGGACUGUGAGGCAGGCUGAAAUGCUUGAUGACCUCAUGGACAAGAGGAAAGAGAAGCUUGAUUCGGUGAUUGAGUUCAGCAUUCCAGACUCCCUGCUGAUCCGGAGGAUCACUGGAAGGUUGAUUCACCCCAAUAGUGGCCGGUCUUACCAUGAGGAGUUCAACCCUCCAAAGGAGCCCAUGAAAGAUGAUGUCACCGGAGAGCCCCUGAUCCGCAGAUCAGAUGACAAUGAGAAGGCCUUGAAGAUCCGCCUGGAGGCCUACCACACGCAGACCACCCCGCUUGUGGAGUACUACAGGAAACGGGGGAUCCAUUCUGCCAUCGAUGCAUGCCAGACCCCUGACGUCGUAUUUGCGAGCAUCCUAGCGGCCUUCUCCAAAGCUACAUCCUAGUAAAAGAAGGCCAGGCGAGACUGCACCCUGCUCAUCUCCCCGCCACGUGAUCCCUGCUCUUAGGUGCUGGGCAGAAGGGAAAAGGGUGGUCACGGGAAGGAAGGAUGGUGAGGGAGGUGGUAAGGGGCUCAAGACAAGUAUUUGGAACAGUGGCAGUGUUGUAAUUAGAAAGGUUUUUGUUUUGGGGGUUUUUUGUUUUUUUGCACAUAGAUGGGAAUUUGUAAAGUGUAAGCGAGGGGAAAGAUUAAUUUUUUAAAAAACAACCUGUGAUUGGAGGGCAUCGGCGCAAAUGAGGAGCUACGGUAUUAUUUUUUAAGCAAUCAAGCUUUCAUUUACUCUGGACCACAAAGCUAAUGCUGUGAGAGACCUCAGCUUCUUUGUAAGAAGCUCAUGGAUUACCAGACCAAGAAUGCGGCCGUCAACUGGGCCUAUGUAUCAUGUGGGGGUGCUGCCGGUGGCUCCCUGUGCAUCUGCGUGUAUGGAAGGGGUAGGGAUGUGAUCUCAUGGGGGGAUGGUUCAGCAAAUCAUUUUUACUGGAAUUGUGGGGAGCAAGGGGAGACAUCCCACAUAUCCUGUCACUUACAGUCCCCUGUGGUAGCAGCAAAGCCUUCAGCAGCCACCCAGCACACAAGUCCUUAUAACUUUGCCUUUGUUCAUCCAUGGGACCCUUUCAGUGAACAAGGGAGUGUAGUUCAGUGGCGUGUGUGUGCCUAGUUAUAAGACCCUGGGUUCAGUCCUUAACAGUGAAGGGGGAAACAAAACUUAAAAUGUCUUAAGCUAAAUCUUCCAAAGAUUGUCCUUCUCGUCCUCAAAUCCUGUGACUGGGAUCACCCAACAACACUGUGAUAUAUUUUUCAAUGAGGUGCCUUCAUAACUGACCAAAUGCUGCCAUGUUUGGCUCCUGAGUCAAUAAAGUAUGUUGAAAAUUUGUA